AUGAUUGCUCAAGGUUGGAGGCCUUCAAUGUCAAACUAUGUGAAAAUAAAUUUCAAUGGAGCGUGGAAAAAGGACUCUCAUUUUGCAGGCAACUUCGUUCCAUUGAAACUUGGCUAUGGUUGCAGAGGUGGCUACUGGCCUUUGGCAAUCAAAUUUGCUCUAAAUCGUAAUUUCACCGACGUUAUCCUCGAGACAGAUUUGAAGAUUCUGAUGGAUGGAGUUUGA